AUGGCCGAUCGCAAAGAGCAGCAAGCGCGCCAAUUAUGGAGCGAUCUUUGCCUUUCCGAGGAGGACGAGCCACCGCAGCCGCCACGACCGAGCAGACCACCGGUUCCAGCCGUCGGGACCCGGAUCCAGCGCUCCGACAUCACUAACCGGAGGAAGGCAGCCUGGCUGACGCAGCCCAUUCCGCCGAGCCGACCGAAGCAGCGUACACCAGCUGCGAGGAACCGGCCUUCCACGGCAACUUCCGCCAAACCAACCGCGAAGCAGCAGAGUCCGCCACCAGGACCAAGCCGCGCCUCACCACCACUGCGGCUCACAGGUCCGCAGCCACCGCAGCCG